AUGCGCUGCGGCGAGGCCAAGGCUGAGUGCCGCCUCGCCAUCCUCAGCGCGGGCCAGGAGCAAGAGGUGGAUAUCACCGUGCUGCCGCGCCUGGGUGAGGGCUUGGUGAGUGGCGCCCUGCUCGCCCGGGGCCCCACGCCCUGCGCAUUCGGCACGUCGGAUUCGGGGGAGUGGGGUCUACUCGCCCGGGAUGAUGAGCUGGUGCGCUGCGCUGCCCAACGUCAGCGGGAGGCGGAGGACGUCUUCUUGGCGUGCCAGCAGUCCCCGAGCAUGUCUUUCAGCCUUACGAGUGUCAGCGAGUCUCAGCACGGAUCAGAGCGACGCCAUGUGCGCGGCAAAGCGCCCGGCGCAGCGCAGAGAGAGGCGCUGGAGCCCCACCUGGACUGUGAUGGCAGCGCGAGCCGCAUGAGGCCCGCCAAGCCUAAGAAGCCCAGCGUCGAAGAGCUCCUGCCGUUGCGCCUGGUGGGGGAUUUCUGCAGUUGGCAGGCGGACGUGCCCGGCUUGGAGCUCCAGGCCAACGGCUCCCAAGUAGGCGGGAAGGUCUUGGAGUUUUUCUUGCCUCUUGAGAUCCAGGAGAGCUCCGUGGAGUUUCAGAUCAUCAGCAGCCCCCUGGGCUUCCAAGUCCGGCUCUACCCCAAGGAGGGAGCGGGGCUCCUCAAGGCCGAUGAGAAAAUGGGCGCCUCCGAGGCGAAUGCGCUGGUGGGUGGCAGCGGCGACGGCCACGGCAGGAACUUCGUCAUUCGGGACACCAAGGCCAAAGCGCUUCUGGUGCGCCUGGCUUUGGGCAAGAAGGGCGUGGCCGGCCCGGCCCUGGCAGCGCAGGUGAGCUAUGCGCAGAAGGAGAGGCAGGGCUUCCCAACGGUGCAGAUCGGCGACGGGAAGAUUCGAGUGCUGUCUGGAGACGUGGGCCAGGUGGCUUGGAGCAGCGACCCCGACAGCCUAAAGCUGAAGCAGCUUCUUCCCCUGCGCCUUGUUGGCCAGCCUUGCUCGUGGCGCCUGGAGCAGUCAGGCCUCACCUUUGCGGAUGCCGACAAGCAAGGCGAGUGGCAAGGCUUCAGCCUGUGCUGUCGGCUGCUGACACGGCAGGUGGACUUCCAGGUGGUCAGCGACAAGAUGGGCUUUGGCUGGCGCCUCUUUCCAGAAGGAGGUACUGCUCGUGUCCCAUUGACCCCCGAGCCCCAUGACGCUGCGGUUGCUGCUAUCGGCGGCAAGGAUGAUGGGUCUGGGCAGAACUUCUCUCUGAGUGGCCGGCCUUUGAGUGUCGUUUCCAUCACAGCGUGGCUGAAGCUGGAUGGCGAGCGCGUGCUGGGUGCACGUGUAGGUCAUGCCAGCUCCAAUGAGACACCGAAAGUGGCCAUCGGCGCGCGCCGUGUGCAGUACCCGGUCCCGGCGGUGAUGACCCCCUUGGGGCCUGAGCUGCUGGAGGCAGCGCAGACCGAUGAGGAGCGUGAGGCAGCAACUCAGCAGCGAAACGACUGCCUGCGGCGAGCCAUCUGGAGCAUCCAGCGGGAGUAUGCAGCGGAGGAUGUGCAGCAGGAGGUGCUUGCACUGCGGCAGCUGUAUCCUUACCAACAGAAGAAGAGUAUUCUCGCUUUGGAGAUGGAAGCAGGGCAGCAGCAAGAGGAGCAGGAGGAGGAGGACGGGGUGCAGUCCUACGUCAAAGCUGUGCAGAACCUGAAGCGAGAGAACGCGGAGGAAGAUGGAGGCGCAGGAGCCAUGCAGACCGAGGAGGCAGGUGAGCCUCGGUGUGAGCCGAGCCCCGAGGCCGGCCCCAAAAGCGCUGAGGAGGAGCUGCGGCAGCACUGUUUGCGUGGCCUGGCGGCGGUGCAGCGGCAGGUGGCGCAGCAUAGCAGCGAAGCUAAAGGCAGCGGUGAGCUGGCGCUGAUGCCUCAAAGUUAUCCCUCGGCUUUGGCGGGGGCCCUCUCCAUGUGCGAGGGUGACAACUUGGCAGCCGCGCUGGCUGGUGCGCGUGCGGCGCAUCUGGAGCAGUUGAAGAAGCAGGAGAAGGUUUUGGCUCGUGCCCUCCAGCCGCUCGAGCCGGAGUCGGAGGAGGAGGGGGAGGAGAACCAGGUGGUGGAUGCAGGCGCAGCGCUGGCUCUGCUGCAGAAGGCCAACCUCUUCGGGGACACGGAUGCCCAAUUCAAUAGCGCCGUGCAGAACUUGCCCUCGGUGAAGGCUGCCAGGGAGAGAGCCAUGGUGGCCGUUGGUUUGCCCAGCAACUUGGGCCCGGUGGCGGCGCGCAUGGCGGAGCUGUUGCACCACACGGAUCCCCAGGGCCGGCAGGCGAACAUGCUCUGCCUCAAGCGGCUCCGCCUCCUUGCAGUUCCGCAUCCUGAGGUCAUCCGCCGGGCUGCGGAGGCUCUGCAGAAGGGGGGCCUCAUGACCUUCCCGCCGGGCAGCUGGUUCUUCGGCUUGGAGGGGCAGCCGCAGCACUUCCCGCUGCUCAUGGAGGACCUUCAUGCAGCCUGGAAUGGGGGCCACUUCCGGCAUUGGUUCGGGUCUCCCCGGGCUGGGCGGUACAUGACCAGCACACUGCAGGAGAUCUGGUCCCUUGGCUUCAAGCACCUCUACGAGUCGGUGGUGCUUCUUCAGGACGAGCUGCAGCUCAUCUUGAAGGAGAUGGGCCCUGCAGGCAGCCACCUACGUGUCGAGCAGCAGGUCCUGAUCAGCUUCCACGGCAAGGGCCAGCAGAUGCCGCCCUGGGAGGAUGGCGCGUCGCGGCGCUCGCGGCGUGUGAGCCUCCUGCCGGGGACCCGGACCCUCCAAAAUCGCAAGGGGUCCUUUUGGUUUCCCUUCAAAAUAAAUCAUCCAAAAAGGGCACCCUCCAGAAAGAUACGCCAAGAACAGCGGAGAGGUUUGGGGAGGUUGGGCCACUUUGGUGUCACAGCCAAAGCCAUUGAGCAAGCCUUUGGAGGGCUGCCAAGGAUGAACCCCGGGUACAGCCACCGCCGCGUGGGCGAGGGUGGCGCCCUGCGCUUACACCUGAAGGAUGGUGCAAGAGGCAAGAACGUGCAGGAACUGCCCGGUGGUGGAGGGAACUGGGCCGUUUUCCGCACGCCGGAUGUGCGGCAGGAGGUGACAAAGGUGAACCUCCCCUGCGGGCGCUGGAGCCUCACUGUGGCGGCGGAGGACGUGGAAGUGGCACGGAAGCUGCGGCCGGAUGAGCCGCAGGCGCUUGCCACUCUGGGCGAGCAGACCAUGGAAAGCCACAUGGCCGCGCGGGAGGUGAGUUGCGCCGCCUGCAGCUUCAGCGCCGGGGACGGGCUGCUGCUCAGCUGCCCGGGGAACCACCGGAUCUGCCGGAACUGCCUCCUCAUGGAGCUGCGACGGGAGAGCGUGCCGAGCUGCCCUGCCUGCGCAGGAGAGGGCGACCGCAUUCACCUGAGCUCCACUUGGCAGCUCAUGACGCAGGAGCACGGCGGCCUGGAGCAGCUGGGCUGUUGCUGCACCCCCGGCGCCGAAGGCUGCGACAGCCAGGUGGAUGUGGGAGCCCAGGUCGUCAUUUUUGGCCAAAGCAAGCGCAGUGGUCUGAAUGGCCAGAGGAGCCAGGCGCUGUGGUGGGAUGUGCAGCAGCAGGUCUGGGAGGUGCUGCUGCCAUCCCGGAAGGUUGUGGCGUUGAGGCCUUCGGAGCUGGCGCUGUCGGAGGCCUGUGACGGCAGCAACAUCAACAACUGCCCCUGCUGGCCUUCAGGGCGUGGCAUCUACCCCGUGAGUUUGGGCAACCGUUGCUGCGUGAAGCUGGGCAUCGACGAGUGCUCUGGAGACGCCCACUGCCCCGUGGGCUAUCCCUACUUCCAUGGCGCGGAGUACUUGCCCUUCGAUUCACUUCUGACAUCGCUGGAUGCGGUACUUUUCUUCCUUCGCCACAACUUCGACAACUUCUUCCACUACAAUGACAUGAUCGACGUGCACCCACCAGGCCUCGAGCGCAUCAUUUUCCACAACUACCGGUCCUGGAUGCAUGCGUUCCCACACCACCACCCGCAGCUGGACCAAGCCAAACUGGAUCGCCGCAUCCGGCGUUUCAGGGUGCUAUGUCAACACAGCCGCGAUGUGCGGGGCGCGCGGUGCCUGCAGUUCGUGCGUUACGUGGGCGACGCGCCUCAUGAGCUGCACAGGAUCGAGGAGCUCUACUCCUUGCUGCGGCUAUGGGGCGGGGCUCAGUCCAGGCUUUGCUAUGUGGCCAUGCUCCAGGCGGGCGUCCCCAAGCUGCCGCACCUGCCCAACAUGCCCUGGAGUACCAGUUCGCCUCUUUGGGGCAUCUCGGCGCCUUCAUUGAAGCGGGGCCGGCUGCUGCGGCACGCAAAGUACCCGAAGGUGCUCUUCUGGCUAGUGGAGGGCAUCGUGGAUGUCAUGGACUUCAGCCCAAUCCGGGAGGCGCUGCGCUUCAACGUCUACGACGAGGCGGGGAUGCUCUUCGACUGCCCCGAAGUCUCCACGGAGGAGCUGCUGCAGAUGCUGCGACCCUUCAAGGAUCCGUUCACCAACAAGGGCCCCAACUGUGUCCGGACCUGGCUGGAGCGACCUGCGGACCGGGAGAAGGAGGUGUCCUACGGAUUCUUCCCUGAUUGCCCCAGGGCCCAGAAGGCGGACCAGGGCCGCUCGGAGAACCGCCCGCUGUGGCAGGCGGUGCAGCGCCAAGACUUGGCGCAAGCGCGGCUGGCGCUGCAAGCGAAUGCCGACGCGAACGCCUGGGACACCCAGGGCCGGCGGCCACUGCAGGAGCUCUGCGAAAUGGCAGUUGCAGGCAAAGGCGGGGAUGCGACCCUGCAGAUCGCUGCAGAGCUUUUGCUGGCGCACGGCGAUCCUCGUGCCCGCGACAAGAAGGGCGCUACUGCCCUGGACGUUUGCAAGCGCCUGGCGCAGCAGAAGGCGCCGUUUGGGCCGCAGCUGGUAGCGCUGCUGAGGGCGGUGGCACUGGAGGACUUUGAGCAGCGAGCGCUCUUCCGAGCGCUGGGGCGGCUGGAAAAGCGCAGCCAGGUGGCUCUCCACCUCCUAGGGCUGAGGCCAUUGCGCCCUGUGGCUGCGGCCGAGGUGGCGUGGAGGAGUCCGGGGCCAGACCUGGAGGAGCAGCUCCGGCGCCUGGACGAGGAGCUGCAGGCGCUGCAGGGCCUGGCAGCUGCCGCGCGGCGGCGGGGCCUGAGGCGCCUGCUCUUCGAGUGGCACCCGGACAAGAACAGCCACCGCUACGAGCUGGCCCAGACGAUGUUCCAGCAUUUGCAGCACCGCAAGGCGGAGCUCUUGGGCAAGAAGCCGGGCUGAGGCGACGCCUCGUCAUGCCCUGCCCAAAGGACGCGUGUAGACGUCGCCACCCGGGCGCGAAGACGCGCUCGCAUGCCGUGCCGCAGCCUCACAGAGCUCGCGGACAUGGGCUCGCGGCACGCCAAGGAGUGAGAGGCAGAGGGACA